CUCCCCUGUCUGUGGCAGAGGCUGCUCCAGAAAUGGCGCCAGGAGACCACCCGCGACCCAAGGCCCUAAUGCCGUGUCCUGCAGGGGGCACCCCCGGGCUCACUUACGCCGAGGGCAGCCAGCCCCCACCACAGACCUCCGCCGCCCCCAGCCCAAGGGAGGAGGAGCUGGAGCCACAGGAGGAGGGGGAGCAGGCAGAUACGGAACCAAUCACAGAACAGCAGCUGGAUGGGCUGGACCAAUCCGGGAACACUCUGGGAGUAUACAUUAUAGUGGCGGACCUGGUGUACUGGCGGGACACCCGCACCUCGGCGCUCGUCUUCACCGGCAUCAUGGUGACUCUGCUGAGCCUGCUGCACUUCAGCAUCGUCAGCGUGGGCUCCUACGGCGCCCUGGCCGUGCUGGGCAUCACCAUCACGCUGCGGCUGGGCCGCAAGGGGCUGCAGGCUCUGCGCCGCUCCGACGGCGCCAACCCCUUCCAGGCUCAGCUGGACGCCGACUUGCCGCUGUCCCAGGAGCAGCUGGAGCGCCUCGCCACGCGGCUCAGCCGGGACAUCCUGGCGGCCACCCACACCCUGCGCCGCCUCUUCCUGGUGGAGGAUCUGGUGGACUCGAUCAAGUUCGCCUUCCUGUUCUACAUCCUCACCUACGUGGGAGCCGUGUUCAACGGGCUGACGCUGCUCAUCCUGGGUGUGAUAAGUGCAUUUACUUUCCCCCUGCUCUACCGGCAGCACCAGGCACAGAUCGACCAGUACGUGGGGCUGGUGAGGAACCAGCUGAGUAACCUCAGAGCCAAGAUUCAGGCUAAGCUCCCAAGUGCCAAAGCGAAGCCAGAAUGAGCGACUGCCCCGGCCCGACUCACAGCAACGACGCCCCUGCCCCCCCACCCCGCUGCCACCCUCACCCCAGAACCAUCCCCCACCCCCACUGGUGACACCCCCCCACCCCAGGGAAAGGGGCCGCGGCCCCUCUCCUGGUCAGGAACCCGCCUACACUUCAGCCCCUGCGCUGCCCCCCCGGCCCUGCGUGUUGUGGGGCUGGGACAGGAAGCAGCUCCCUGGCCAUUCAGGGCUACGGGGGUGUGGGGGUGACUGAGAGGGGCCCCCGCGAUUCGGCCACCACCCUGGGCUGUAGCACCGGGUGCAGCCUGCCACAACAAGAGGCCCCUGCAUGCCACCCUCCGCUGUGGGCUGAGCCGCGCGGCCUGCUGGGCCCUGCCUGCUUCCUGCCUCCAAGCCGCAGCCCCAGCGUGAACCCGGCAGGGCCUGGCCCUGUGGGGUGCGGGUGGGGAAGGGGCAGGCCCCGGCUCCUCAGGGCUGGAGGGGUCUGAUUUCCCGGGGGGCUCGGACCCAAGUGUAUUCAGGGUCUGUGAUUGGUUGGGAGCCCAAGGGCUGGCAGCCUGUUGUGUCCGAGCCCCUCCCGCCCCACCCCCCACUGUUUUUAGUCCGGUGGUCCCUUCUUGGACUUGGCCUGGGGCCACCCCCUGGCGCCGUGGGGCAGGCGCCGCCCAGGUGCCCGCAAAGCUCCACUCAGAUUUACACUUUAAUAAAAACGCUGGUGGAAAAAAA